GCAUGCUGGGGGUCGACUGCCAGGGCCAAGAUGUCGCUGAGCAAGAAAAGAAAGCUUGAGUCGGGGGGCGGCGGCGCAGAAGGGGAGGGAACUGAGGAGGAAAAUGGCGAGGAGCAGGAGGCCGCCCCGCCACGACCCCGGAGGACAAAGCGCGAGCGGGACCAGCUGUACUACGAGUGCUACUCCGACGUAUCGGUCCACGAGGAGAUGAUCGCCGACCGCGUCCGCACCGACGCCUACCGCUUAGGCAUCCUGAGGAACUGGGCCGCGCUGCGAGGCAAGACGGUGCUGGACGUGGGCGCGGGAACCGGUAUUCUUAGCAUCUUCUGCGCCCAGGCCGGGGCCCGGCGCGUGUACGCUGUGGAGGCCAGCGCCAUCUGGCAACAGGCCCGGGAGGUGGUGCGGCUCAACGGGUUGGAGGACCGCGUGCACGUCCUGCCGGGCCCGGUGGAGACGGUGGAGCUGCCCGAGCAAGUGGACGCCAUCGUAAGCGAGUGGAUGGGCUACGGACUUCUGCACGAGUCCAUGCUAAGCUCCGUGCUUCACGCUCGGACCAAAUGGCUGAAGGAGGGCGGUCUCCUCCUGCCAGCUUCCGCGGAGCUCUUCGUGGCUCCGAUUAGCGACCAGAUGUUAGAAUGGCGUCUGGGUUUCUGGAGCCAGGUGAAGCAGCACUAUGGCGUGGAUAUGAGCUGCAUGGAAAGCUUCGCUACGCGCUGCCUCAUGGGCCAUUCGGAGAUCGUGGUGCAGGGUCUGUCCGGAGAAGACGUGCUGGCCCGGCCGCAGCGCUUUGCCCAGCUCGAGCUGGCCCGCGCUGGCCUGGAGCAGGAGCUGGAGGCCGGUGUGGGCGGGCGCUUCCGCUGCAGCUGCUAUGGCUCCGCGCCUCUACACGGUUUUGCCGUCUGGUUUCAGGUGACCUUUCCUGGAGGGGACUCGGAGAAACCUCUGGUGCUGUCCACUUCGCCUUUUCACCCGGCCACGCACUGGAAGCAGGCGCUCCUCUACUUGAAUGAGCCGGUGCCGGUGGAACAAGAUACGGACAUUUCAGGAGAAAUCACCCUGCUGCCCUCCCGGGACAACCCCCGGCGUCUGCGCAUACUUCUGCGCUACAAAGUGGGGGACCAUGAGGAAAAGACCAAAGACUUUGCCAUGGAGGACUGAGCGUUGCCUUUUCUCCCAUCCACCUUCUAAGGAAGGUCUGAAGAGAAAGGGAGAUCUGUGAUGCAAGUAGGGGACAUAGCUGUCUCUUACUUCACUGUUUCUGGCAAAGGGAGUGACCAGACUUCGUUUGAGGACAUUCUUCUGGCAAUGUUUAUUUUAAAAGCACUGACAGUAUCAGCAUGGCUAUACAUGAAGAGCAAUGUAUGCCACAGGGUACCAGAUCAUCCAAAGGAGCACCACAGCCUUUGGGAUGAAGACACCAGGGAUGGAUGAAAGCCUGAGGUGUGUGGACACCCAGGCACUGUCUAAUGUGUUCUGUGGAUUGGGAUUGGUAACUGAAGCCCUUAGGGCCUGGAUUAUCAGACCCUAGAGAGCAUCAUGGUAAAGUUCCACCUCCCUCCCUCACACCUUACGUGUAUUUAGCCAUCUAAACAUUUCCAAUUUUGUCAUUCAUUUGCUAAACAAAUGAGCAUAGUUGCUAAAAAUACAUCCUACCCGUGAUAGGUAUUUGAGAUUACAGGCAAAUGUGAACCUUACCCAUAAGUAGAUGUCUACCACUAAAGAAAGUAAAGGCCAUAUGGUUAGGUUAGUUAGGACCUGGGUGGUUUUUGUGUCAGAAAAGCUGGAUUAUUUGUUGUACACAUUAAGUAAAAAGGUUUCUAUAGAUGCUGAUAGACUUGCCUGAAGUUACUUAGAUAGUUCUUGUUUGUGAAAUGGGAUCAUACAUUGUGCAAGGCUGGCUAGGAACCCAGUAUGUAGCUGAGGAUGACUAGACUCCUGAGCCUCUUGCCUCCACCUUCCGAAUGCUGGAGUUCAUAGCUCUAUACCACUGUGCCAAGCAUAGACCCAGUUUUUAGCAGAACUGUAAGCAGGUCUCUGACUUUCUAAAUGCAAACAAAAAUUCACUCUCAUUAUACUAAUCUUGCAUUCUUCUGUUAAAAACAGGAAAUUUCAUGCCGCCUUAAUGGUAGCAAGGGUUUUAUUUUUAUUAUUUGAUGACGGGGAGUGUAUAGUACUAGAAAGCCUCUUAGACCUGCCCAGAAGAACCAUCUGCAGUAUAUAACUUGAGUUUGAUGUAGUAGGCACUCAUUUGGACAGCCCCUAUGUUUAUUUCCUUAACACUAAUCAAACGUGACACUUUCUGCAGUCCCCAGAAAACUGAAUCCAUGGCAGUAGCAAAGACGAGUGAACUUGUCAUUUGGUUAUUUGGGCAGAGAGCCCUGAAUGUAAAAGAGAUAAGAAAAUGGAGUUCAAGGUGAAUGUGAAAGGCACCUGCUGCAAACAGCUGCCUAACAUCUUAUUUACUGCCAGCCCUGCUGUUAUCCCCACAGUUUACCUAGUGCUGAGGAAAGAUGGCUCCUAAGGAGCGGUUACUAACAAGCCCCACUCCUCCACAUGCUCAUCUCUGUAUAUGUGUCUCCAUUAACUUCAUUAUCAACAGCUACAUAAUAUCUAAGCGCUAUAACAAAUGAGCACAUCUGCCCCUCAAAGAACUAGGAGACAGUGGGAACAAUAAAACAACAUUAGUAAUUUUCCUGCAUCCAUAAACCUGGAAAAAAAAAUCCUUCCCAGCUCUUAGCUCUGCUGAGCAAGGAUGCUAAGGCAGCUGUCAUCCUUUAAGCCUCUCUGAAGAUCAAAAGUCCUGUUCCUAUCAUCAGGAUGAUUGUGAACACCUGAGAAACUUUCCCAUGUGAUGCUCUAAACUUAGAAUGUUGGUCUGUUCAUAAUAGACAAAGUAUAUUAAAUAGGUGAUUCUCACCUACUAAAAUAAAAGCUCUAAGCCACAUUUAUAUUUACGUGUGUGUGUGUGUGUGUGUGUAUGUGUGCGCGUGCGCACGCACGAUUUCCCAGCUUCCUAUGUGAUUUUUAUGCUUCAGUUUGUUUAUGAUUUAUCCUCUCAGUUGUAAUAAAUAUUACAUGUAUUUUUAGAAUUUGUAA